AAGCAACCAACUUCUUUUGCGAUCACACAAUGUCCUCUAUUCACCUGCGAAAUUGAAUCUUCACAUCGCCACGCACGAUAUCGACGAUUUAAGCGACUGCCAGCGAGUUCCUACAAUCCCUACCAACGAUGGCCGACUUCGCCCCUCCACCAGGGCCUCCACCUCCGAAGGUCCCAGAGGGCUACAAAGCCAUCUGGAACGACCAAUACAAAGAAUGGUUCUACGUCAACAUCUACACCAAACAAUCCACCUGGGAACGACCUACUGAACCCGUCUACCCACCACCCGAAGGCGCACCUCACGAUGCGCCGCCAGGCUACAACAACGACACGAAACCGAAUCCUCAUUACGGCGACGACAAGUCCGCCAUGCACAGCAACAACCCUUACAAUGCGAACGCCGCCGGAGGAUCAAGCAGUAUAUCUGAAGAUGAGAGGCUGGCGCGACAACUCCAAGCGGAGGAAGACGCACGGAACGGCAAUCGCGGAGCUUCGGACAACUACUACGGCGGCGGAGCUCCUCAAUACGGUAAUCAAGCUCCGCAAUAUGGCAGUAGCUCGAACCAACUCCCAGCCCGCGACCAAGGCAAGAAAGGCGGGCUGCUCGGGAAACUCAAAGGCGCGCUGUCAUCUGGUGGUUCGUCUUCACGACCGAUGGGCGGGGGAGGAUACCCGCAACAAGGCUAUGGCGGAUAUCCACAGCAGGGAAUGAUGGGAGGCGGAUACGGUCACGGUCCGCAGUACGGCGGAUAUCCUCAACAGGGAUACGGAGGGUACCCACAACAAGGAGGGAUGAUGGGCGGAGGUGGCAUGAUGGGUGGAGGAAGGAGACCGGGUGGUGGGGGAAUGGGAAUGAUGGGUGGUGCAGCGUUGGGUGCAGGUGCGGGAUUGUUGGGCGGUGCGAUGUUGGCGAAUUCGUUCGAUGAUCAUGAGGAUUAUCAGGAGGGGUAUCAGGAUGGGCAGGAUGAUGGAGGGGAUUAUGGUGGAGGUGAUGAUGGCGGUGGUGGAGAUUAG